CCGUGACCCCGCCCAAGAUGGCGCUGGCCGCGGCCGCCAGUUGCCGGGCGCUCGGGCGCCUCGGCCGCGGCUCCGCUUUGCGCCUCGCCCGGGGGCCGCCGGGGUCCUCGCUGUGCUGCCUCUCCACAAAAGCCAGCUCCAGGUCCGUCCUCGCCGCUCUGGCGUCGGCAGCGAAGCGCGUCAACGGGAGGUACGAGAGGUUUUUGGAGAGGACGUUCCCCCGUUUCUAUGUGCUGUACGCGACUUUCACGAAAGGAAUCCAGGCGUUCUUCCUGGAAGUUAAAGAAGUCAGAAAAAUCAAAUCUAAAAUGUCCCAUCAGAGACUGAGUGUUCAGCAGCUUCCCUACCGGGAGAUGGAGAGGCUGCGGCAGUUCCGCAGGGAUGUGAUCAAGGCCAUUCCCAUCGGGGUGAUCGCCAUCCCGCCCUUCGCCAACUUCUUGGUCAUCGUCCUGAUGUAUUUCUUCCCACGCCAGCUCCUGGUCCGCUACUUCUGGACCCCCAACCAGCAACUUGAGUUCCUGGAUGCCUACGACGCCAUCCGAAGAGACUUGUACCUGGAUGUGGUGGAGAGUUUAGCCCGGUCGGUGUGUUCCCUGCCGGAGCCGCAGCUCCGGAAACGCCUGCAGGAUCUCUGCGCUGAGGUGCAGCGAGGCUCCCAGCCACGCGUGGCCGAACUCUACGCUGUGAGAAGUUUAUUUUCGGGAUCUCCGCUGGGUCUGAACAAGCUCCAGGUGUCUCAUGUGAAAGCCCUGAGCCAGGUCCUGUUUCUGACUCCCCACUUGCCGGCCUUUCUGCUGCGGCAUCGCCUGCGGAGCCACAUCCUGGAGAUCCGGCAGCUGGACCGCGCCAUGCUGCGCCUGGGCCUGGGCCAGCUCUCCGAGGAGGAGCUGCGAGCGGCUUGUUACCUCCGUGGCCUCAACUCCACUCAUCUCGGCAUGUCCGAGUGCAGAGCGUGGCUGGAGCAGUGGCUGGGGCUCUCCUGCAAGCUGCAAGUUUCUGAAGCUUCCCUCCUGGCAAACAGCAUGGUCCUGCUGUCCCUCAACUACGUCAGGACCAAGGAGUGACGGCCGAGCCGCCGGCUGCGCACCCUCACCCCGGCAUCUCCGCGCCGACUUCGUGAUUCCCAGCCCGGUGCUGCAAACGUCCCCCCUUCGCCUCUCGGUGGCGUGAAACCGCAGCCUGGAGUCGGCGAGAGGGGCCCAGGUGCUGCUGUGGGGACAAAGACGCGAUUCCCUCCCUCCUGCGCUGGAGGUUUGUGCCCGUGCCGGCUCUCCCCUUCCCCUUGGUGCCGUCGGGGCGGGCUGGCGGUGCCGCGGGGCCCCGGCCCCCAGCGGCGUUUGGGGCAGGCGGCUUCGCUGCCACGGCUCCAGCUGUGUCACUUCGCCCACAGAAGGGGAGAGCGGGCGUCUGCGCUGCCUGUGGACACUUCCCUUAGUAUCUCCUUGUAGUGGGCUCCGUUCAGCUUGGCUUGUGCUGCCCCGUGCCUCUCACAGAGGGUUUUGUUUAGUUUCCUUACUCCACUGAGCAGUCUUACAUACAAAAAUCUCCCCGAGGGUUAAGAAAAGACUCCGGAUCCCCGUGAGGCCUCACCCGGAGCCUCGAGUUGGGGUUCCUGUGCUUUUGUGGGGCUGCAGCCGCCUCCCGGAGCAUCCCCAUCUCCUCGCCGCUGGCUGAUGGGCUGGCGGCGCCGCUGCUGGCACCGGGGGGUUGGAAAGGCAGCACUGAGCUGCACCGACACCUUCGGCGUUCGUCCAGUUCUGCCUCAUUAGGUCUCAGCCCGGCGCCUGCUGCUCGGCGGGGGCUGCGUUAGGGGGUUAAAAUCCGCCGUGUCUCGCCUUGCCCCGCCACUGCAUGCGAAGUGCCCAGCUCUUGAGUGAAUUCAAACCAACUUUCAGUGGUUUAUGAAAGACAAAAGCAAGCGCGCGGCUCGGGGGUCCCCCCAGAGGCCCCUCUGUGCCUCCUGUGCUGUGAGUACUCUGUCCCACCACCAGCUCCUCCGCUCACCGAUGGGGCGUGUGCACACGUGGGAGAUUGGCUUUUUUAAGCAUUAUUCGGGUUUACAGAAGGGGUAGAAAUCACCCGCCCAUGCGCCAGGCCAGCUCUGAACUCCUCCCCUCACCUCUUGGAGAAGAAACCCCUCCCCCUAAGCCCCUGCCCUCGCUAUUUUUGCAGGAAUUCGAGACCCCCACCAAGAGAAUUCACUGGGGUGGGUUUAACCCCCUUUAGGACACAACUCGCCGUGCAAGUUUGAGCGUUUGUUUUAUUUUUACACUUAAAUAUUCUCUUUAAAUACAGCGUUAUCACCAUGAAAAGAACAGAAAAGGUUGGGGGGGGAAAAAAAAAACUAUUCGGAGGACAAGCUUUGGAUUCACACUGGAAAAUUAAAAAUAAAAAGCCACCUUAGACAGUGUGAGACGAGGAGGUUUAGGAGUCGCAGAGUCACUUUAAAGAGGACGCGGAGCUGGGGGGCGCCUGGAUUCCGGGGGUGCCGCGGCUCCCGCCGCAGCCCGGUAGCACCAGAGAGGGGAUGGGCUGUUCGGUGUCUUACACGGCGACGAAUCGAGCAGGAGCCAGCGUUAGUGUCAGUGGGGACGCUUAAACCAACCAAAAAAUAAUAAUAAAAGGCAGGAAUGCACUUUCAUUGCACUAUUAACAGCGUAGUUAUCUUUGUAAAAAUAGAGUAAGUCCUGUUAGUUCUUUGCUUGUUGUGAAAGCACCCACCCUAGCCAGCGUUCUAGGAUUCGUUCUGUCAGUUGGUGGAGCCUGGGCUCCCCGGAUGAGUCGCCCAGCGAGCCGCUCCCCGGCGGGGCCCGACCCAGCUGCUGUGGCUGGGGGCCGGGACAGGCUGGGGAGGGCGGGCGGAGUCCCUUGAAAAUGAAAAAGGGGGAAAAAUAAAGACUUGAAUCCAUUCAGGUGUCCCCGUUUGCUCUGGUUUUGCAGCUUGGAUCCAUUGUGUGCAGGAGCUGGAGAACCCUCACAGCCAACCCAGUGGCAGCUCCCUGCCGGGAGGGGACGUGGGGACCUCGCUGGCCCAGCGGGGGAUAAGGCUUUGUUCCUCCCGGAUUUAGCCCUUGGGUGCUGGCUGAGGACGGGGAGAGCUGCCCCAGGGAUUGGCACCAGCCCGUAACGUAACGUGCGCCGAGCCCCCCGGUUUGGAAACCAGCCCCUUCCCCUCUGCUCUGCCCCAGGGGAAGGGGACAGUGGCCCCGGGGGAAGGGGACAGUGGCCCCGGGGGCUCGGGCCCAGCAGCGGGGGGGGGGGGUGGGAAGAGCCACUUUGCCAGGCUUAAGGCUCCGCUGGAUCCCCCCCCGGGGGCGGCAAGAGCAGCAAAAGGGGGUUGAGCCCCUUUAAACACCUUUCGACAGAGGGAGGCGACGGACAGGAGCACCCUUAAGCCACCGCAACCCCCCCAAAACAAUUUUAAAGCACUUCAGCAGACCCCAGUUCCCCCCCCGCCCCGAUUUCCCCGCUCUCCAGCUGGAACAUUUCCCCGGGGAGCUCCGGGGCUGUUCUCCGAGGAGCGGCGAGGGCAGCAGCAGCGGGGCUGUAUCGGAUUGAACCCGCUGGCAGAGGAAGCGGGUGGGCAGCGGGGGCUCUUCACUCCCCCCUCUCCUCCUGAUUCUCUCCGUAAAAAGGCUGGAAUUGCUCAUCCGGAGUCCGGUCACGGGCAGGGGAGGGAGGGGAGACCCUUCCCCUUGGCUGGGGUAAGGCUGGAGAGAGGGGAGAGGUUAAAACCACUGGGGGGAAAGGGAGCUUGGAGAACUAACACCCCCCCCAGGUCCUGCCCCUCGAGAUGCAGCUCGGGGCCCUUCAGUGGGGCUGGUUUCAGCAGGAGGGAGAAGGGGGGGCCCCAUCCUGGCACCGGGGGAGCCGGUGGGGGUGGCUGGGGGAUGGAAAGUGCUUUCACUGCCUGGCCAGGGGGAUGCAGCCGCCGGUUGCCUUGACUGUUCCUCGAGGCCGGUGCGGAGCACGGGGACGGGCCGACGGUUCGCCGUGCCGAGGGCUCGAGCUCUUCAAAUCCUGGUGGUUAAAACCUCCCCCAGAUUUUCUAGGAGUUUACAGACCCUGAUCUGGCCCCUCUUGUGCAACUCGAGCCUCCCCCGCCGGCUCCAGGUCCUUCCCGAUCCAUCCGGGCCCAGAGCGGUGGGCAGUGGCUGGCGAGGCAGGGGAGCAGCCCUGGGAGGCGCUGGGUUGGGACGCGGCCUGGUAAACAUUCAGUUAGGGCAACAAAAAAAAAUAAUAAAAA